AUGACAGGACGUCACCGCAUCACCCCCGCUGCCAACCCCCCCUAUUUCAAUGGGGACAAGUCCAAAUAUAUGGGCUUUGUGGACUCGUGCACCACCUACAUCGGUGCCUAUUGGUCGGAAUCUUUGCAGGAUGAGACAAAAAUCCUCUUCAUCCUCUCCUACCUCUGUAACAAGGCUGGCACAAGCUGCGCCGCCUCAAGUUGGGCAAUGAACUGGAAACAGCGCAACUUUGAAGGCCUAAAGGGAAUGAAGGCUGGGGUCACCUCAACGACCUUCUUGGAGGAAUUUCAAAUGGCUUUUGGGGACUCCAAUGCAGAGCAAGUUGCCGCCGCUCAACUCAUGGCCCUGCGCCAGAACAAACAACCCUUUGCGGAUUAUAUCUCCGACUUUGAGAUGUUGGCAACAGACGCAGGAUACAAUGUGGUCACCACCACUGAUGACAAGGGCAAAUACAAGAAAGGGGAUCAAGACAAUAUUCUGAUUGAGUUCCUCAAGUGCAGGCUCAGCAGCAAAAUUGCCAGUCCCCUUCACAACACCGGCGUCCCCUUGCCUAAGGCAUACGGAGCCUUCAAUGACUGGUGUGUCAACAUUGAGGCAAAUGCUCUGCAUGACCAGCUGCGCAAAGCGUCAUGUGGGCACCCCAUGUCACCACCACCUCCCCAAUUCUGCCCCCAGGCUGUGCCAACAAUGCCUGCGCCCGCUCUGGCCCGACCUGCUGACAACAAACCGGUUCCGAUGGAAAUUGAUUGCACCCACGGCUGCGGCCGCAAUAUCAUCUGUCACAACUGUCAGCAGCCCGGACACAUUGCACGGAACUGUCUGGAGCCAAGGAAGAAGCACACAUUCUUCAAUCGGGCCACAAUGCUUGAAGAGAUCAAGAACGGGGACAAGGACAACAAAUUCCUCAAGGAGAUUGCUGAGAAACUGCGCGAGAAGCGUUUUUGA